CUUUGUGCAGAUCAACAGCUGGGUGGAACUCCGACAAAAAGUUGCUUCAAUGACAUUUUCUUUUGGGAUGGCAAAGUGAGUCAGACAGAGGAUAACUGUUGUGUUAAGUCUCUAUUUUCACCCAGCUGAACCAUGGAUUUUAAUGUUAAGCGGUUAGCAGCGGACGCCGGUACUUUUCUGAGCCGCGCGGUACAAUUUACAGAGGAAAAACUUGGCCAGGCUGAGAAGACAGAGUUGGACGCCCAUCUGGAGAACCUUCUGGUCCGAGCUGAGAACACCAAACAAUGGACAGAAAGGAUUAUGAAGCAGACAGAAGUCUUACUACAGCCAAAUCCCAAUGUCCGAUUAGAAGAAUUUGUAUAUGAGAAGCUGGAGAAAAAGGCCCCAUCGCGAAUGAACAACCAUGAGCUGUUGGGCCAGUCCAUGAUCGAAUCAGGGAAUGAAUUUGGUCCUGGAACUGCUUAUGGAAAUGCUCUGAUAAAAUGCGGCGAGACGGAGAAGCAGAUCGGCGGGGCGGAGCGCGAGCUCAUUCAAAGCGCUGCCAUCAACUUCCUGACACCUUUCAGGAAUUUUCUUGAAGGCGACUUCAAAACCAUCCUGAAAGAACGGAAGCUACUGCAGGUCAAACGCUUGGAUCUGGAUGCAGCCAAAACGAGGCUAAAGAAAGCCAGGGUGGCAGACGCUCGGGCUGCGGCAGAACAGGAGCUGAGGAUGACACAGAGUGAGUUCGACCGGCAGGCAGAGAUCACCCGACUGCUGCUAGAGGGCGUCAGCAGCACCCACGCACAUCACCUACGCUGCUUGAAUGACUUCGUGGAGGCUCAGGCGACGUAUUACGCACAGUGUUACCAGUACAUGGUUGACCUCCAGAAGCAGCUGGGCAGUUUCCCGUCAUCUUUCUCCAACAACAACCAAUCAUCAGUGUCGGGCGGUGCCAGCAUCUCGGUGCCCACCAUCCCGGUGUCGGCUUCCCUGCCCAAUCCGUCAUCGGGCCGGAGUGACUCGGCCGCAUCCGGUGGCUUCCACGAACUGCGCAGCUCCAGCGUCAGUCGUAAAGCACGAGUUCUGUACGACUAUGACGCCGCCAGCAGCAGUGAGCUCUCCCUGCUGGCCGAUGAGGUGAUCAUUGUGAGCAGCGUCCCGGGCAUGGACUCAGACUGGCUCAUGGGCGAGCGAGGCAGUCAGAAGGGUAAAGUACCCAUCACCUACCUGGAGCUCCUGAACUGAGACCCCCACGCCGGCUGACACCUCCUAUUUAUACCGCGCCUCGCUCUCUCUCCUCCGCUCGCUCGUUUCAAAAUCCACCGCCGUUUUUGAAAGAACCGACCGCGAGAGAAAGCGAGGCGACCCGAGUCUUUUAUCCGAAUGCCGAGCCCCGUUUCGGCGGAAACUCGUCCGAUCACCGGAGCCGAAUCGAUCCGAGCGAAGGGAACGGAAAUGGACCCAUCCCCUGACGCGUUUGUAGUUCAUCCUAAAAACCCGCUUCCAUGCCUUUUGUUUUUUUUUUUUUUUGACGCCAUGCAAUCUGCGAUAUGUGCCAGAACAUCUCCCAAACUGUAACUCUAAAUUUAUCGUGUUUACACUAUAUACAUGACGCUAUAUGGACAAAAGUAUGUGGACACGUCGGAUUCAGGUGUUUGUUUCUAACAGGGGUCUGGGCAGUUAACCGACAAUUAAUAAUUUAAUCGAGCAAAUUCUUAUUGACAAUUGAUAUUCGAUUAAUUGUUUACAUCCCUAGUUUAAACUGUUAUAUCUGCUUCCAAAAUACCUCAGAGAUGGUUUUUACUUAACCUUUGUAUGCUGUUUGGGUCUGUAGGACCUGUUUCCCCUUUUUAUUGAGAGAAAAAUGAUGAAUAAUUAUUUUUUAUGAAUUUUUUCCUAUCAUAUCGUACGGAAGAGGAUUAGGGGGGAAAAAAAUAAAUAAAUAAAAUGAAGGUCCAAUAUAUUUAUUUUAUGAUUAUUCUGAGAA